AUGCCUUCUCGCAAAGCUGACAGCGAGUCGAGUGCCACCAAGUCAGACAUCCGCCGCACUUCUUUACGCCGCCUGAGCUCCAUCGCCUCGUUGCAUUCGCUGAAUCCCUUCCAUCGCCGCCGUUCUAACAACAACACCCUCGCAGACACACCCGCAACCUCGACCAGCAACUUGUCCUUGAUCAGCACAGUGGUGAAUGCUCCCGAAUGUCCAAAAGACCUGAUCUUUGCCGAACACGAAACCGCCCAUGUCAACGCCAAACCACCGCAGCCAGCACAGCCUCAUUUGCCGUCUAGAAGAAGCAGCUACAUCUGUCUGCCGGACGAUCCGAUCGGUGGCAUGCCUCGAAGCAGGACUUUCAGCAAUCUGCCGAUUCCGACACGAUUGAAGAAGACCAGCAAUCCGCUUGCACAGUCCAAAUCACAUGCACGUCUCCCGUCGACCGUGCAGCCACCUCGACUUCCGUCUCCACCUAGGUCCAGCCGCAAACACUCCAUCACACGCUUGGCUGGCAUCGAGAACAUACCCGCAUCAGCAAGGAAGGCGCUCCCAAGAUCAGAUACCGAACCAUUGCUACAAGCCAGCCAUGACUAUCGAGGCCCCCACGUGGCUCGCUCGACUGCCUUCAAGGAGAAUAUCACGCUCAGUCCGAUCAAGCCUCUGCCAAGCCUCGAUAUGGUCGACACGAAGGACUUCUACAGCCAAUCGCCGACAUAUGUCAGCGCGCAGAACUGGUCCAACAUCGGCGAUCUGACAGAUCCAUUGCCAAGUCCGAGCCUGGGCUUGACGAACUCGUUCUCCAGCUCCACCCUCUCCUUGACAAAGUAUAGAGCACUGCCCGAGGGAGCGUACAAGCGGCUGUCGCAAAAGUAUGACAGCUGUCCAGCAUAUCGCAGCGCCAAAGAGAGGGUUCCCACACCAGGGCAGGCAGUGCAGAGGUGGAACUCGCAGCCAGUGCUUGGUGCAAAGUCGAGUCGUCGCUCUUCACAUGGAGAGAUCAAGCAAGCGAGAUUGAUGUCGACUCGCGGUGCUCCUACUCCACCUCCACCAAAGACACCACUCGGAACGCAAGUGCUCAAUCAGGCGAAGUCCAGGACUACUAGCAGCUCUUCAACACAUCUUCUUCCUGUGAUGGAGCAAGUCAUCGCGAGCGAGAACGAAUUGCCAGGCACGUCGUCGAGGAGAGACUCAGUUGUCGACAACCCCCGAGCAGUUCGCGUCUACGAACCACCCGCCUACUGGACCGGCCGCUUCUCCACUCUCAACGACCGCUACCGUAACGAAGAGCUCCUCGAGUGCAACAUCCUAACACCAUCGCGCUCUUCCGAAGAUUGGGUUCCCAAAUCUCAUACCGACAAGAUUCACACCCCAGAUGCCAACUGCGCUCGAAUGCGUCGAGCCAUAGAACUUUUACACAGCCAGUGCGCAACAGACGAAGCCAAGCGCAGCUUCUACGUUUGGCAGAAGCAGCUGGCCGUGGCUCUGCAAACGCCAGAGCUUGCGAAGCCGGUCGCUGGAGCACGACACUGUCAGCUGGAGAUGAGCCUCAAGGACCAUUCUUCGUCGCCAGGUUCGCCAUUCGGCUCGGGUCGUAAGGUCAGCUUCUUGGAUCGCUUGCUAGGUCGGAAGGAGAGGAGCUUCGUCUAA